GAAAAUGUAGCCAUGGUGGGGAGACUGACCUCAGCAGUUCCCAGAAUCCUCGAGGUGGGAUCAGUAAAGAUGAGCCCCUUUCCCAUAAUACUGAUCAACACAAUAAUGCUGUAAACUUGGCAGCUGAAGCCACCCUGGAGCUGCUAGAAGACAUCCGUGGAGCUAUAGGAAACAAGGACUACCUUCGGCUGAUGGGUAUCGCAAGAUCUGCAGUCCUAGUUUUUGUGAUUGACACCACAGGCAGUAUGACUGACGACAUUGCAGAAGCCAAAAGAGUCGCCUUCAACAUCAUUGACAGUAAGAAAGGAACUCAAGAUGAACCAUCUGAAUAUAUUCUGGUGCCAUUUAAUGAUCCAGAAUUUGGACCACUAAUAAGAACCACAGACUCAGAUGUGAUGAAGUCAGAGAUCUCCAAGAUCAAAGCUGAUGGAGGAGGGGAUACCCCAGAAAUGUGCCUGUCAGGACUUCAG